AUGGCGCUGCGGGAACGCUUGGAGGUGCCCACGGUGCCGGUGUCACCCGGGCUCUUUCUGCUGGCGGCCGCGGCCCGCGGCUACUUCCCCGAGGAGCGCUGGAGCCCCGAGUCGGCGCUGCGGGCGCCGCGCGUGGCGCUCGCGCUGCUGGCCCGCAACGCGCAGCACUCGCUGCCCGCCGCGCUGGGCGCGCUCGAGCGCCUGCGGCACCCCAAGGAGCGCACGGCGCUCUGGGUGGCCACGGACCACAACGCGGACAACACGACGGCCGUGCUGCGCGAGUGGCUGACGCGCGUGCAGGGCCUCUACCACCGCGUGGAGUGGCGGCCGCAGCUCGAGCCCCGGGCCUACCCGGGCGAGGAGGGCCCCAAGCACUGGCCGAGCGCGCGCUACGAGCACCUCAUGCGGCUGCGGCAGGCAGCGCUCGAGGCCGCGCGUGACAUGUGGGCCGACUACCUGCUGUCGCAGAGGAAGAGGUGCGGAGGUGACAGUCGCAGGGCAACAGGCGCGGAGGUGACGGUCCCAGAGGAGCUGUCGUGUUGCCGGGCGAACGGGGCCGUUCCUCCCGGAACGGGGCCGUUCCUCCCUGCGUUUCCCGGUCGUCCCCGCGCGCUCCCGCUCGCCGCGGCGGGCGGAGGCGCCGGGCUCGCGUCCGCGGCGCUUCCCGAAAGCUGGAACGCCAGCGCCUUUCCCUGCCGCGCGCCCGCAGUGAAGAACCCGCCGGCGGAGCCGUCGCGCUUCCUGCCCGCGCCGCCCAAGCGCCCGGACAAGAUGGGCUUCGACGAGGUCUUCAUGAUCAACCUGCGGCGGCGCGCGGAGCGGCGCGAGCGCAUGCUGCGGACGCUGCGCGAGCAGGAGAUCCAGUGCAAGGUGGUGGACGCCGUGGACGGCAGGGCCAUGAACAGCAGCCAGGUGGAAGCCCUGGGCAUCCGGAUGCUGCCCGGCUACAAGGACCCCUACCACGGGCGCCCGCUCACCAAGGGCGAGCUCGGCUGCUUCCUCAGCCACUACCGCGUCUGGCAGGAGGUUGUGCAGAGGGGGCUGCGCAAGUCGGUGGUGUUCGAGGACGACCUGCGCUUCGAGAUCUUCUUCAAGCGGCGCCUCUACGUGGGCAGGAAGCGGAUGCAAGUGGAGCAGCCGGAGAAGCCGGUGCCGCGCGUGCGGAACCUCGUGGUGGCCGAUUACUCCUACUGGACCCUGGCCUACGUCAUCUCGCUGCAGGGCGCGCGCAAGCUGCUGGCGGCCGAGCCGCUCGCCAAGAUGCUGCCCGUGGACGAGUUCCUGCCCGUCAUGUUCGACAAGCACCCCGUGUGA